AUGGCAUUCAGGAGCUCCAGUAAAACUGAGGUAAAUGAGGAUCAUAGGGAAAACUCUGCAGUGACUGGAGUUAUACUUGGCAUAAGAGGACGCAGCAGUGGAAAAGGACCUUCACAGUCUACUAUUCCAUAUGAUGGAAUAUAUGCAAACAUGCGUAUGGUCCACAUUCUUACAUCAGUCGUAGGUGCAAAAUGUGAACUAAAGGUGAAAAAUGGUGGGAUAUAUGAAGGUGUUUUUAAGACCUACAGUCCCAAGUGUGACCUGGUGCUUGAUGCUGCUCACCGAAAGAAUGCUGAAUCCAGUUCACGAGAACUGGGACCAAAGCGUGAAGAUAUUGUUGAAAGUAUCAUUUUUAAAUCUGCAGAUGUCGUAAUGCUGCAUUUUAAAGAUGUAGACUUAAGUUAUGCAAGAAGAGGUAUUGACUUUCUAACUUUUUUGCAAAUAUUUACAAAUUGA